AUGGUGUGGCUACAAAGCGCCAUCCCUUUCAUUGGGAUUCUCCUUUUGUUUCAGAGGACCACUGCUCAGCCGAUACCCCAUUACCACUUCAUCAAUAGCUCCCUGACCUGGUAUGAGGCUCAGUACUUCUGCAGAAUAAAGUACACUGACCUGGCCACCAUGAACAGCAUGAAUGACAAGAACAAGCUGGUCAACACACUGGGCAGUCAUGUGACACACAGCUGGAUCGGGCUAUAUAGAGAAGGGACUCGCAGGUGGAUGUGGUCUGAUGGCAGGGGCAGAGCGGACUUCACCAUGUGGACUGACGGCGAACCAAGUAACUCAGAAGGCAAAGAAUGGUGUGGAGAGUUGUCUGAGGAAGGCUGGUGGAAUGAUGUAGAGUGUGAAAAGGAGAGAAGUUUUGUCUGUUAUGAACGUCAGGAGGAAGGCGAGGAAACAUAUGUGUAUUACUCAGAUGGGUUGAGCUGGAUGAACAGUCAAGAUGUGUGCAGAAGUGAGCACUCUGACAUGGCCUAUGUAACCACAGAGGCGGAUAAUUCAGAAAUUGCCGAUUUAACCACUUCAUCAUCAUCAGCGUGGAUUGGCCUAUUCAAUGAUGCCUGGAUGUGGUCGGAUGGAAGCGAUACCUCGUUCAGGUACUGGAUGAGAAGCACGCAGUACGGGGGGAACUGUGCUUCGGUUGCAGCGUCAGAGCAGGGACGCUGGAGUGAAACUCAAUGUAAAGAGAAGGCAACGUUUGUCUGCCAGGGCGGCCUCAAAGUAAAGAAGAUGGUAAUAAGGAUGAAGGUGCACUCUGAUGUGGAUCUCACUGACUCCAGGGUCAGUGAUGCACUCCUGAAAAAGUUGGAGACACUCCUGAAACAUCAGCGGAUGACUGACUUCAAUCUCAGCUGGCGAGGUGACAAAAAUGGGAUCGUCUUCCGACGUCAGGAGGAGUUGGAGGCUGGUGAGAAGACAGCCAUGGAGCGUAAAACGGUCUUCUUUACAGUGGGUCGUCUGUACCACUUUUUAAAAAUCCCAAUGACAUGGAGUGAAGCUCAGAGCUUCUGUAGAGUGAACUAUGCUGACCUGGCGACCGUGGACAACAUGGAGGAGUACGUGCAGCUGCUGGAGAGCAUCGGCAGUGCUGAUGUGAGUGGCAUCUGGAUAGGCCUGGAGAGAUCAGCGUCCUAUCGGUGGGUGUGGUCUGAUGGCAUUGGGGAACAAGACGUUUAUCCCUUCAGUGAAGACAAACAAGAUGGUGACUGUGUGAUGAUGAAAACAUCUGGGUACUGGGAAAAAAGCCGAUGUACUGACCUGAAGGCCUCUCUUUGCUUUGAAUAUGACAGCCAGGGGACAGAAAGUUACUUCCUGAACACCACACUUUUAUCAUGGCGAGACGCUCAGAGCUCCUGCAGACAGGAUCACACUGACCUGGUCAGUGUGAAAACUAAAGAGCAGAAUACAGACAUUUAUGGUCAUACCAGCGGCUACCAGAUCUGGCUCGGAAUGAUCGCCGACAACUGGAUGUGGUCUGACGGAAGCCCUACCUCUUUCAGAAACUGGGAGAAGACAAACCCUGAUAAUAAUGGAGGUGCUGAGAACUGUGUUGUGAUCAGAAAGUCCUUCCAGAAUCAGUGGGAUGACACUGCUUGUGAUCGCAGCUAUCCUUUUGUCUGUUACGGUGAACAGAAAAUCAGGAGAACUACGGUGAAAGUGAGAAUUAGCUCUGAGGGAAAUCUGAAUCUUGCCACACUGAGUGAUUCACUGCUGAAGCAGAUUCAGGCACAACUGGAAGAGCAGAGUGGGACUGAGGUCAAACUCCGUUGGCAAGCUGCCAAAAAUGGACAAAUCUUCCAACACAAUGACAAUGGAAGCAAAGAAACAGGUUGUUGA